AUGAUGCAGUUCCUUGGGCACAUCGAUGUUGCCCUUGCUCGGCUCGAUGAGAUCAGGAGCCUCCGCGUCGACGAGUCCAUGCUGUCCUUCCUGGGCUCGAGCUGCCUCUCGCGGCGAAAGCUGGAGAGGUGCCAGCGGCAUUGCCCCGAGCAGAGGGAUGAUAAGAAGGCAAAGUGCCGGCCUGCCUUGCAUAACGCCCCCUGCCGCGCCAGCGCCGCCUUAAGCUGCCGCGCCUCUUUGGACAUGGCCCUGCAGAAGCUCAGCAAGGCCUCUUUAGACCCCGCACAGCGGGCAGAGGCUUUGAGCUUCAUGGUGCAGGCGAUGACGCCCUUCGCGGGGGCCGCGGGAACGGGAGCCGAAGGCGUCUCCAUGGCCUUCUGCCCGUUUCCGCUCUGCGGGGUAGACCAGGCCUUCGACUUGAGCUCGCCGCUGCCGGAGCUGUCGCUGCAGGCCCUGCAGCGAGGCUUGCUGGUGGCCACCUUCUUCCAGGGCUCUUUGGGCCUACUGCGGAUCUGCCUGGGGGACUUCUUCAGCGGCUCCUACACGCUGCUGUUGGCCACCCUGGGCUACAACUCGCGGCACCCCGGGCCCGCCUCUGCCUGGCUCAAGACCUACGUAUUGAUCUCGUUCAUCAACGGCACCAUGGGUCACAUCGACCUGGUGCAGAAUCUGUUGCUGCACAACUUCCCCUCCAUCCAGCUGUCGCUGCCUUUGUCCGUGAACUUGAUGCACACGGUACAACUGCUUGUGCCUGGGGUGUCCUACUGCGGAGCUUACUUCGGCUGGCAACACUUGAAGACCCAGCGGAAGCUGAUGGUGGAGGCGUACCAGAGGGAGCUGAUGAUGAUGUUGGAGCACCCGCCCUGGCCACCCCCGCCCCUGAUCCCGUUGCCGGGCAUGCCUCCAGGCAUGCAAGGUGCCUUGCUCGUGGAUGAUGUCGAGGAUCCGGCAGAAGAGGUCCAUCGAGAGCUUAUGGCGUGUUUGCCAUUCAAAAGGCAGGCAUCCUUGCUGCAGCUGCUGGAGGAUCUGGACAGCGAGAAGCAGGUGGUGGCGGGCGAGCUGGCGGAGGAUGUGCGUCAUGCGCAGGUCCGCCAGGAGGUGGAGGAGCUCAGCGCGCAGCUGGGGGUCCUGGAGGCCACGGCCUCGCGCCGGGCGCAGCGCUGCGCUGCGGCAAAGGCGGAGAUUCGGCGCCUAGGCGAAGCCUUGGGGGAGGUGGAUGACUUGCACGCCCAGGCAGCGGGCCUGGAAAAGGCGAACCAGCUGCUGGACCGGCAGCGGGCCGAGUGGAAGCGCUCGCAGACGUUGAUGCUGCGGCUCGCGGAGGACCUGCAGAAGCACCCGCCCAAGGCUCGAUGCGCCGGAAGUCUGGAAGAGUCAGCUGUUUUCUGGUGCCUGACAGGAUCGGAAGUGUUCAGCUUCGAAGGCUUGCACUUCAAGAUCAGCGCGAGCGAGGAGACCGUCCUCCAAGAGAAUGAACUUGGUAACUUCCUGAUACUCCCUUCUGCUCCAAUCAUGGCAUCUGUGCCUCCUCAUCGUGCUGAGUCGCUGGCUCGUUCCUUCGACAACGCAAACCUGGACGGCAACUGCACAUUGGAGGAAGCCAUCGCCCACACCGACGGCAUGAAGAUCCUUUACCUGGAGAAGCCAAUGGUGGUGAACAAGGAGCCCGGUUCCAUUAAGCUAGGCGAUUUGCCAGCUAAAAUGGAAAUCACCGACUCCGUGAAAAAGAAGACGCAGUUCCUCGAUGUCAUUGCUGACCACGAAGGGCCUAUUGACUUGAAUGCGGUAGAGACAAUGUUCCUUCAACAACGGUAUGCCGACCUACCCGAGCCCGUGCGCAUGAAGGGGAACUUCCAGGCCCCCUACAACAUGCAGAUUUUCAUCAUCCCCAAGGAAGGGGGCAAGAAAGACAUCAUUAAGCACAUCAAAUUCCUAGAAGGUGCAAAGGUCCUCCACAGCUCCAUCAUCUCUAUGUGCCAGGGCGUUCCACUCGAGAUCGACUUGCAGGGCAAGUACCGCGAUGGUGGUCGAGGACUACAGUACAUGCUCGAGGGGCUGGGCGGCUUCCAGGUCCGCUACCAGAAGCUCGUGUCCGCCGGUGCCUCGAGCAAAAUGCCCAAAGAGACGGAGGACAUCCGCAAGGGCUUCGCCUAUAUCCGUCAGUUUGGCCCGGAAGAAAACUCCGACGGGCAAUUCACAGUGUGGACGGAGGAGCAGGUCAACGAUCCGAACGGCCCGCUCCACAAGUGGGACAAGGGGACCAUCAAGGAGUUCCUGAGGUGCCUCGCGGACCAAGGCUCUCAAGCUAAUACGAUCAAGGAGUGGCCUCUCACCUUCAAGAGCAUCACGCCGUGGGCUUUGAACACUAUCCUUGCACCGAUUCUUCCUCAUGUGAUGUCCCACUCCGUUAUCUGGAUUGGCAAGUCUCAGGUGGGUAAAAGCCCGGUGUCCUACACCCUCUCAUCUGUGGUGUCCGCAUAUUGGUUGAUUCAGGAAGAGAAGGAGGGCAGCCCUUGCUUUCAGACAUGCAACCACCUCGACUACUUCCGCAAGGAGAAGGGCAGUGUUAAGGCAGUGACGGAGGUGGACGGCGUCGACAGGAAGACAAUGGCAAGAUACAACGCGUCCUCGUACGCGAAGAAUCAGCUAUGCCAGAUUUGCAGUAAUCCCUAUGACAGGACUGCAGAGCCGCCGAUGGACGCCAAUUCGACUCAGCACACCGUCACCUUCGAGCAGUUCUACAAGAUCGUGCGCCCCUCCUUCCACAGGGACUUCGAUGAAGAGGACCUUGUCGGUGUCUUCAAGCGAUCCACCUUCAUCGUCUUCACCGAUGUGGGCAUGUACGUACGUGUGCCAGGCACAGACCGCAAACCCGUUCCCCGGUAUGCCUGGCCAGAGCGGGAUAUUGGCAUGAUCUCUCCAUCUGCCCGACCCCUUUUGGCUGCCUACAAGCGCGGUAACCUCUCUCACUUGCCGGCAGAUCAUGACAAAGACAUGCAGUGGAGUUUGAACUUGCUGCAGGCUGCGCUGGAUGGCGAGGAGGUCCGCUAUUGUGCGACCACCCGUGGGAAAGAACUGUUCUCAGGAAGGGAGUACGUCAUUGAAGAUCGACCAACACUCGCGGGCAUUGAGGGCAAGACCAAGUACUACCUGGAUGCUGGCGCUGCCGUCGACGAGCCGCCCACUAAGAAGCUUCGAUUUGUGAAGUCCUCUUCCAACUUGCUCAAGGAGAUCAAGAACGAGAAUGCGCAGGAUGCCAAAGACGAGCCGAAGGACGAGGAUGAGCAGAAAACAAAAGAAGAACAGAAGGAGAACGAAGAUGCGCAGGAUGCCAAAGACGAGCCGAAGGACGAGGAUGAGCAGAAAACAAAAGAAGAAGAGAAGGAUGAGGACGUGCAGGGUAUCAAAGAAGAACCAGAGGAGACGCAUAAGGUGCACAUCAAGCAAGAGCCAGUGGAUCCCUCCUACUUUUCCAAGAUGCAAGUGACCCAGCCUCUGCUGCACCGGCUGCAGCUGAUGCGGUUGGACCCUGUGGAGAAGCUUUCUGACCCUACAGCUCCUCCAGCAGCCGAUGUGGUGGAUGAGACCAAGGUCCUUGUGCCUUUGCCGGCUUCUUCUCCUGAUGUGGUGGACCCUAUGGACGAGAUUCCCGACCAGUAUGACAUCGAGGCAUACCGAACCCUUUCCCAAGAACUCGCGGAUGCCAUGGACAUUGACGACAACUGA